AUGGGGAAAUACUUCCUGACCCUGAGCGUCCUCAAGGGGCCCUGGGACCAAGUCUUCGCCGCCUUCUGGCUGCGCUACCCCAACCCCUACAGUAAACAUGUCCUGACAGAAGAUAUCUUGCACCGGGAAGUGACCGAAGACCAGAAGCUGCUUUCCAGGCGGCUCCUAACUAAGACCAACAGGAUGCCCCGCUGGGCAGAGCGCUUCUUUCCAGCCAACGUUUCUCACUCUGUCUACAUCCUUGAAGAUUCCAUUGUGGAUCCACAGAACCGAACUAUGACCACAUUCACCUGGAACAUCAACCAUGCACGUCUUAUGGUGGUGGAAGAACAUUGUGUUUACAGAGAGAACCCAGACAACAGUAGCUGGACAGAAGUCAAGCGGGAAGCUUGGGUCACCUCCAGCCUAUUUGGUGUCUCACGUGCUGUCCAGGAGUUUGGCUUGGCUAGGUUCAAAAGCAAUGUGACCAAGAGCACCAAAGGGUUUGAGUAUAUACUGGCCAAAAUGCAAGGUGAAGCACCAUCUAAAACCUUGGUGGAAACGGCAAAAGAAGCAACAGAGAAAGCCAAGGAGACUGCCCUGGCUGCUACAGAGAAGGCAAAGGACUUGGCGAGCAAGGCAGCUACUAAAAAGAAGCCGCAGCAACAAUAUGUAUGAAAAAGCAGCUUUUCCAACAGCGGGGACCGGAGUGCCAUCAGCACAGGCACCAUAGUAGUACUGGGAAGCUCAC